AUGCCGCUCCCCAGCCCUUGGAAGACACCCUCCGCACCUCCCUCGCCCACUCCCGUCCGACGCAAAACCUCUCUUCGCCACCGCGCCAAAGCCCGCAUCGGCUUCCUCAUCCUCAUCGCUGUCCUCACCAUCUGCGCCUUAAACGAACUCCGCUGCAUGCAAUAUGGUUGCGUCUCACGUAUCAGUUUUUACGGAACAUCUGAUCGGGGCUCCAAAGGUGGAGGCGCAACACUACCAGACGACUGGAAGGACCGCCUGGCCGAGCAGCUGAAGAUGAACAUGCAAGACAUGGGACAUACACCACCAGCCUCGCCACCGAGCAAAGAGGAGAAGAAACCGCAGAAGGCGCAGGUCGAAGCACCUUCGAAUGGUGCGCUCAUCGAACCAUUAGCUAUCACACCCACCAUCGACGCACCGAAGCCAGUGAAGCCAGUGAAGCCAGUGAAGCCAGUGAAGCCAGUGAAGCCAGUGAAGCCAGUGAAACCACAGCACAGCAAACCAGCCCUUCAAGAUGCCAGCCCCAACCGCUGGGUCGACACCCCACCCGGUCCUGCGUCCCCUGGCAAAGAAAUGAAAGACCAGAUGAAGGUGGAUAAGCAGACGUAUGUGAAUGGGGAUGUGAUCGAGGCGCCGAUAGUGAAGACGAACAAGCCGCCAACGGAGGCGAGUGUGAAUCCUCUAGCAUCGCCCGCGGCAGAGCCAUCACCGGGGGUGCAAGUAGCGGCGGAGGAUCUAAGGACAUCCAGCAACACGACGCCUGAAAAGGGAGAAGAUGGUAAAAAGCAAGGGACGAAAUCACCACCGCCUCCCAAAGUCGAUCAGAUGAAAGAAAAGGUUGACUCCUUCAUUGCGCAAAAGGCAGGCGAGAAGGCAUCACCGCCUGCUACUAAACCCGAAAUCAGCCCUCCCAAGGUUUCGGCUUCAGUACCAGCUCCAGCAAAGUCUGAGUCCAAGUCAUCGAGUGGCGCAGCCCUUUCCGUCGCUCGUCCUUCUAAACCAUCCCCCGAAUCGCAGGCUAUUGAACCACCGCCGCCAAAGUCGCCGCCACACACGCACGAAUCUUCUUCACCACCUCAACCACCCCAGCGUCCCAGUAACUUCCACGAGACCAAUAAUUUUGGCAGCAUGGAGAUGGGGUUACUGAUGGCUGGCGGCUAG